UAUGGAAGCUGCAGCAGCGAUGCUGUCUCUUAAAUCCAGUUACAUAACUCGAGGCUCACUCCUCCCUGAUCAGCUCUUUUCUCUCGAAUGCAGCUCAGGCAGUGCUACUCCUCCGUCUGUGUGUACACACUGUGUGCCACAGGGAGAGAGUAACUGAGCCCGAUAAGGGGGAAAGGAGGGACAAAGGUUACAGAUCCCAGAUGCUCAGGGACGUGCUGCUGUUCAGAUCUGAUUGCACCGAAAACCGUGCAAACCCGAGAGGCACUUGAGAGCUUUCUCCUACAGGAUUUUCAGCUGCAACGUUAAGAGCAAGCACAGCAGGAGCCACUGUAAACAAGUCGUAGGCAAAAAUAAAAUCCUGCCUGUGCCUCUACGGAGCCGGCAUGGAGGAUUCUGCAGAGGAAAGCCAAGAGAUGAGGUACCACAUGCUCCAAAGGCCCAGUAUGUCUGGCUUGCACCUUGUAAAGCAAGGCCGAGAUCGGAAGAAAGUUGACUUGCAGAGGGAUUUCACUGUGGCUUCCCCAGCUGAAUUCGUUACUCGUUUUGGGGGGAAUAAAGUCAUUGAGAAGGUCCUUAUCGCCAAUAAUGGGAUUGCGGCAGUGAAAUGCAUGAGGUCCAUCCGACGCUGGUCCUAUGAGAUGUUUCGAAAUGAGCGUGCCAUCAGAUUCGUUGUCAUGGUGACUCCUGAAGAUCUGAAAGCAAAUGCAGAGUACAUUAAAAUGGCUGAUCACUAUGUCCCUGUGCCAGGAGGGCCAAACAACAACAACUAUGCAAAUGUUGAAUUGAUUCUGGAUAUCGCAAAACGGAUUCCAGUGCAGGCUGUGUGGGCUGGCUGGGGUCAUGCUUCUGAGAACCCCAAACUACCAGAGCUCCUUCACAAGAAUGGAAUUGCCUUCAUGGGUCCCCCAAGCCAAGCCAUGUGGGCUUUGGGGGAUAAAAUUGCAUCUUCAAUAGUGGCUCAAACAGCAGGCAUCCCAACUCUCCCCUGGAGUGGCAGUGGCCUUCGUGUGGACUGGCAGGAGAAUGAUCUUCAGAAGCGCAUCUUGAAUGUCCCGCAGGAGCUGUAUGAAAAGGGUUAUGUGAAGGAUGUGGACGAUGGGUUGCGGGCUGCUGAGGAAGUUGGCUACCCAGUCAUGAUCAAGGCCUCUGAAGGUGGAGGAGGAAAAGGAAUCAGGAAAGUUAACAAUGCCGAUGAUUUCCCCAAUCUCUUCAGACAGGUGCAAGCUGAAGUCCCGGGCUCGCCGAUCUUCGUGAUGAGACUGGCCAAGCAGUCCCGCCACCUGGAGGUGCAGAUCCUUGCGGAUCAGUAUGGCAAUGCCAUUUCCCUCUUUGGCCGUGAUUGCUCAGUGCAGCGCAGGCAUCAGAAGAUCAUUGAAGAGGCUCCGGCGUCCAUUGCUACCAUCGUGGUGUUCGAACACAUGGAGCAGUGCGCGGUAAAGCUUGCCAAGAUGGUGGGGUAUGUGAGUGCUGGGACAGUGGAGUAUCUCUACAGCCAGGACGGGAGCUUCUACUUCCUUGAGCUGAAUCCCCGGCUGCAGGUAGAACACCCCUGCACGGAGAUGGUGGCUGACGUGAACCUGCCUGCAGCACAGCUUCAGAUUGCCAUGGGGAUUCCUCUUCACCGGAUCAAAGAUAUCCGAGUUCUGUAUAGUGCUUCUCCAUGGGGAGAUACACCCGUUGACUUCGAGAAUUCAGCCCAUGUCCCCAGUCCACGUGGUCAUGUGAUUGCUGCUCGUAUCACCAGUGAGAAUCCAGAUGAGGGUUUUAAGCCCAGCUCUGGAACAGUCCAAGAACUGAAUUUCCGCAGCAAUAAGAAUGUCUGGGGUUAUUUCAGUGUCGCGGCUGCAGGGGGACUUCAUGAAUUUGCUGACUCUCAGUUUGGGCACUGCUUCUCAUGGGGAGAAAAUCGUGAAGAAGCCAUCUCUAACAUGGUGGUGGCUUUGAAGGAACUGUCUAUCCGAGGGGAUUUCCGAACCACUGUUGAGUACUUGAUUAAACUGCUGGAGACGGAAAGCUUCCAGCACAACCGCAUUGACACUGGCUGGCUGGACAAGCUCAUUGCGGAAAAAGUUCAGGCAGAGAGGCCUGAUACCAUGCUAGGAGUGGUGUGUGGGGCUCUGCAUGUGGCUGACGUGAGCUUCCGUAACAGUGUCUCCAACUUCUUGCACUCUCUCGAGAGGGGUCAGGUCCUGCCUGCUCAUACUCUGCUGAACACGGUGGAUGUGGAACUCAUCUACGAAGGUCGGAAAUAUGUGCUGAAGGUGACCAGGCAGUCUCCCAAUUCCUAUGUGGUCAUCAUGAACAACUCCUGCGUGGAGGUUGACGUGCACCGGUUGAGUGAUGGAGGACUGCUCUUAUCCUACGAUGGCAGCAGCUACACCACCUACAUGAAGGAAGAAGUGGACAGAUAUCGGAUCACCAUAGGUAAUAAGACCUGUGUGUUCGAGAAGGAGAAUGACCCAUCCAUCCUGCGCUCGCCCUCUGCUGGGAAGCUCAUCCAGUACGUGGUGGAGGAUGGAGGACACGUGUUUGCAGGCCAGUGCUUUGCGGAAAUAGAGGUGAUGAAGAUGGUGAUGACACUGACAGCAGCAGAAUCGGGCUGCAUCCACUAUGUCAAACGCCCUGGGGCAGCACUGGACCCUGGCUGCGUGAUUGCCAAGCUGCAGUUGGAUGAUCCCAGCAGGGUUCAGCAGGCUGAGCUGCACACUGGCACCUUGCCAAAGAUCCAGAGCACAGCACUUCGAGGCGAGAAGCUCCAUCGUGUCUUCCAUUACGUCCUUGAUAACCUGGUCAAUGUGAUGAAUGGAUACUGCCUGCCGGAGCCAUACUUUGGCAGCAAGGUGAAGGAUUGGGUUGAGCGGUUGAUGAAGACCCUGAGAGACCCAUCUUUGCCACUCCUGGAGCUUCAGGACAUCAUGACCAGCGUCUCUGGGCGCAUCCCACCCAAUGUGGAGAAGUCCAUCAAGAAGGAGAUGGCCCAGUAUGCCAGCAACAUCACAUCCGUUCUCUGCCAGUUUCCCAGCCAGCAGAUUGCCAACAUUUUGGACAGCCAUGCAGCCACGCUGAAUCGCAAAUCUGAGCGGGAGGUCUUCUUUAUGAACACUCAGAGUAUUGUUCAGUUGGUGCAGAGGUACCGAAGUGGUAUUCGAGGCCACAUGAAGGCUGUGGUGAUGGAUCUUCUCCGUCAGUACCUGAAGGUGGAGACUCAGUUCCAGCACGGUCACUAUGACAAGUGUGUCUUUGCGCUUCGGGAAGAGAACAAAAGUGACAUGAACACUGUAUUGAACUACAUCUUCUCCCACGCCCAGGUCACCAAGAAGAACCUGCUUGUAACAAUGCUCAUUGACCAACUGUGUGGCCGAGACCCCACCUUGACAGACGAGUUAAUUAAUAUUCUGACUGAGCUGACCCAGCUGAGCAAGACGACCAAUGCUAAAGUAGCGCUGCGGGCACGUCAGGUUCUCAUUGCUUCCCAUUUGCCGUCAUACGAGCUGCGUCACAACCAGGUGGAGUCCAUCUUCCUAUCAGCCAUUGACAUGUACGGACACCAGUUCUGCAUUGAGAACCUGCAGAAACUCAUUCUGUCUGAGACAUCCAUCUUUGAUGUGCUACCAAAUUUCUUCUAUCACAGUAACCAGGUGGUGAGAAUGGCAGCUCUGGAGGUGUAUGUUCGAAGAGCAUACAUUGCUUAUGAGUUGAACAGUGUCCAGCAUCGGCAGCUAAAGGACAACACCUGUGUAGUGGAGUUCCAGUUCAUGUUACCCACCUCCCAUCCAAACAGAGGGAACAUCCCCACGCUCAACAGAAUGUCCUUCUCUUCCAACCUCAACCACUACGGGAUGGUCCAUGUGGCCAGCGUGAGUGACGUGCUGCUGGACAGCUCAUUCACCCCGCCCUGCCAGCGGAUGGGCGGGAUGGUCUCCUUCCGGACGUUUGACGAUUUUGUCAGAAUCUUCGAUGAAGUGAUGGGUUGCUUCUGUGACUCUCCUCCCCAAAGCCCGACCUUCCGUGAAGCCAGCCGCACUUCUUUGUAUGAUGAAGAUAAGGUUGCCAGAGAGGAGCCCAUUCACAUCUUGAAUGUUGCCAUUAAGACCGACAGCGAUAUUGAUGACGAUGGGCUGGCAGCCAUGUUCAGGGAGUUCACACAAAGCAAGAAAUCCAUCCUGAUUGAGCAUGGGAUCCGGAGGCUGACAUUCCUUGUAGCACAAAAGGAUUUCAGAAAACAGGUCAACUAUGAGGUGGAUCAAAGAUUUCAUAGGGAAUUUCCCAAAUUUUUCACAUUCCGUGCCAGAGACAAGUUUGAGGAAGAUAGGAUCUACCGCCACUUGGAGCCAGCUCUGGCUUUCCAGUUAGAGCUGAACCGAAUGAGAAACUUUGAUCUCACUGCCAUUCCGUGUGCCAACCAUAAGAUGCACCUGUACCUGGGAGCAGCCAAAGUCGAAGUGGGCACGGAGGUGACGGAUUACAGGUUCUUCGUGAGGGCUAUUAUAAGGCAUUCAGACUUAGUCACCAAGGAAGCCUCCUUUGAGUAUCUUCAGAACGAAGGGGAGCGCUUGCUUUUGGAAGCCAUGGAUGAGCUGGAGGUGGCAUUUAAUAACACCAACGUGCGCACAGACUGCAAUCACAUCUUCUUAAACUUUGUGCCCACUGUCAUCAUGGAUCCAUCUAAGAUAGAAGAGUCUGUACGGAGCAUGGUGAUGCGCUACGGAAGCCGCCUGUGGAAACUCCGUGUCCUUCAAGCAGAGCUGAAAAUCAACAUUCGCUUGACACCAACUGGAAAAGCGAUACCUAUCCGUCUCUUCCUGACCAAUGAAUCUGGCUACUACUUGGACAUCAGCCUCUACAAGGAGGUGACGGAUUCCAGGACAGCCCAGAUUAUGUUCCAGGCAUACGGAGAUAAACAGGGACCACUUCAUGGCAUGCUGAUCAACACCCCAUAUGUGACAAAAGACCUCCUUCAGUCCAAGAGGUUCCAGGCACAGUCUUUAGGGACAACAUAUGUCUAUGACAUUCCUGAGAUGUUUCGGCAGUCGCUGAUUAAACUCUGGGAUUCCAUGAACGAAUGUGCAAUUCUGUCUACACCGCCUCUGCCUUCUGACAUGCUGACUUAUACCGAACUGGUCCUGGACGAUCAAGGCCAGCUGGUGCACAUGAACAGGUUACCUGGUGGAAAUGAGAUUGGUAUGGUGGCCUGGAAAAUGACCCUCAAGAGCCCCGAGUACCCAGAAGGCCGUGAUAUCAUAGUCAUUGGCAAUGACAUCACAUACCGAAUUGGCUCCUUUGGACCACAGGAGGACCUGCUCUAUCUUCGGGCCUCUGAACUUGCUCGAACUCAGGGCAUCCCCCGGAUUUACGUGGCUGCCAACAGUGGAGCGAGGAUUGGUUUGGCUGAGGAGAUUCGUCAUAUGUUUCACGUGGCCUGGGUGGAGCCUGAUGAUCCGUAUAAAGGAUACAAAUACUUGUAUCUGACACCUCAAGAUUAUAAGAAGGUCAGUGCCUUGAACUCAGUCCAUUGUGAGCACGUGGAAGACGAAGGAGAGUCCAGGUAUAAGAUAACAGAUAUUAUUGGAAAGGAAGAAGGACUUGGAGUAGAAAACCUCAGAGGGUCCGGCAUGAUUGCUGGAGAGUCAUCAUUAGCCUAUGACAGUAUUAUCACCAUCAGCCUGGUCACAUGUCGGGCAAUUGGCAUUGGGGCUUACCUUGUUCGGCUUGGACAGAGGACCAUCCAAGUGGAGAACUCCCAUAUAAUCCUGACCGGAGCCGGAGCUCUGAACAAGGUGCUUGGACGGGAGGUGUACACCUCAAACAACCAGCUGGGUGGGAUCCAGAUCAUGCACAACAAUGGAGUGACACACAGCACCGUGUGCGAUGAUUUUGAAGGUGUCUACACCAUUCUGCUGUGGUUAUCCUACAUGCCAAAGAGUGUGUCCUGCCCGGUUCCUAUCCUCAGUGUCAAGGAUCCGAUAGACAGAACUAUUGAGUUCGUUCCCACCAAGACUCCCUAUGAUCCCCGGUGGAUGUUGGCUGGACGUCCUCAUCCAACUCAAAAAGGCCAGUGGUUAAGUGGGUUCUUUGACCAUGGCUCCUUCCUGGAGGUCAUGCAGCCUUGGGCACAAACAGUUGUAGUUGGCAGAGCCAGGCUGGGAGGAAUACCUGUAGGAGUAGUUGCCGUAGAAACCAGAACGGUGGAGCUAAGUAUCCCUGCUGACCCUGCAAACCUGGACUCGGAGGCCAAGAUAAUCCAGCAGGCCGGUCAAGUGUGGUUCCCGGACUCUGCCUUUAAGACAGCCCAAGCUAUCAAGGACUUUAACAGAGAGGGACUUCCUCUGAUGGUCUUUGCCAACUGGCGAGGCUUCUCCGGUGGCAUGAAAGACAUGUAUGACCAGAUACUGAAGUUCGGUGCCUACAUCGUGGACGGCCUGCGGGAAUACAGGCAGCCAGUGAUUGUUUACAUCCCACCCCAGGCAGAGCUGAGAGGAGGAUCCUGGGUGGUGAUCGACCCCACCAUUAACCCUCGACACAUGGAGAUGUAUGCAGACCGGGACAGCAGAGGAGGAGUUCUGGAGCCAGAAGGGACAGUAGAAAUCAAAUUCCGCAAGAAAGAUUUGGUGAAGACAAUGAGGCGAGUGGACCCGAUCUACAUUCGGCUGGCAGAGCGGCUAGGCACCCCGGAGCUCAGCCAGGCUGAGCGGAAGGAGCUGGAGACUAAGCUGAAGGAGCGGGAGGAAUUCCUGACCCCUAUCUAUCACCAGGUGGCUGUGCAGUUUGCUGACCUGCAUGACACGCCGGGCCGCAUGCAGGAGAAAGCCGUCAUCACCGACAUUCUGGAGUGGAAAACCUCCCGGACUUUCUUCUACUGGAGGUUGCGGCGCCUGCUGCUGGAAGACGUGGUCAAGAAAAAGAUCCACGAUGCCAACCCUGAGCUGACGGACGGGCAGAUCCAGGCCAUGCUGAGGCGCUGGUUUGUGGAAGUCGAGGGGACAGUCAAGGCGUACUUGUGGGAUAACAACAAGGACCUGGUGGAGUGGCUGGAGAAACAGCUCACAGAAGAAGAAGGCGUUCGCUCGGUCGUGGAGGAAAACAUCAAAUACAUCUCCAGAGAUUACAUCCUCAAGCAGAUACGGAGUUUGGUACAGGCCAAUCCUGAGGUUGCCAUGGAUUCCAUCGUUCACAUGACCCAGCAUAUAUCACCGACCCAGCGAGCCGAGAUCGUGCGGAUUCUUUCAACAAUGGACUCGCCUCCUUCGACGUAAGAGGAUUCGUCUCCCACUCUCCUUUUCCCCCCCGUACAGUGGAAAAAGCUGCGAGUUCCCCUUUGCUCAACGCUGUACUGAGAAGAGGAAGCAAAGGGAAAUGCUACAGCAACAACACUUUUAUAUUUGAAAAUCAGACUGGCUGCAAAGACACAAGGAAACCGUCUCAAAGCAAGUUCCAGGAGCCAGGUCCUAGCUGUCUUAACUGUACCUUAUUUAUUUAACACCGUGUGACUGGACCAAAGUGUCAGCUGGCUGCUCGGCUGCCACGCAAAAGCACUACACAGACUAUGAAGGGUACCCCGGUACCGUGAGGUCUUAACACGCUCUCAGCUCUGCCCCUGCCAACUCGCCUUUGUUCGCCCAGUCUGGGGGAGGUGGGACAAAGGUGGUGGCUUUGUACGUGCCAAUGGUAUCGGUCAGGGCUGGCUGUUCCUCCAAGUGCAGCUCAAACGUUGGUUGAUUCCCCGUAGGAAGAAAUGGAAAAAUGGCACUCAUGGUAGUUUUCUUACCCUCCCAAGGAGUGGAGACACCCAGUGACUCCUGGCAUCUUCCCUCCUUGCUGCUGCUGGCUACGUUUUCCACUUCAAACACGCACAGCUGUCUUGUGUGCUCGGCCUCCAACAACCCCUGUCAUAUAAGUAUUGUUCUGACCAGGGCUUUCAGCCUGUCUUGAGUUGGAACAGAGAUUCUGCUGGUUUCCCGCAGAAUGAAAAUGCUGUAGAUUAUAAUUGUUGCUUUAGCUGCACCCAGAAAUUGGAUGCUAAAUCCAUAGCAAAUGGUAGCUUUUUCUGUCUUAAAGGCUGACCCCCCACCUAUCACAUCCUCACUUGUGUAUAGAGCGGCAUUGAUACUCUGUCGGCACAUUUAGAAGCUGUAGCUAUGGUCGUGUUGGUACUUGUUAGUUUUCCCUGGAUGAGAGAGACAGAAAGGCUCAUUCCGUGGCAUGGGGGAAGGUGGCAGUAGUUAGUUUCAGAUGUACUGAAAUUAAAACCACCUCGCUAACUUUUUUGUACUUUUUUGUUACUGAAACCAAUGUUUUUAAAUGAAAAAAAACAGCUGCUCAAUCAACCGUGUG